AGGGAGGGCCUGAAUUUAGCGAUACAUUCUGCUUAAAAAUGUCCGCACAUUGCUCACUUUGAUUAACAAUACUUCACACGUCAACAUCAGACGAAUGUUAAACGCACAUGUUUUGGAUUAAUCCGGUCAUCAGCGUGGACAUUAAUAGGUGGAUGUUCAGUCGUUCGGCCGAAGACAGCCCAGGAGUCUCGGGGGUAGCGUUCACUGCGGUGACGCUGCGCCACUUUAAACAGGGCCCUGUCUGAUACUUAGCCGUCCAGCUAACACUGGCUAGAAGGCGAUGAACCACGUAAAUUUAUGGAACACAUCAGGUAUGGAGUCACAGAAUCUGGUGGAUGAUCUGUCGCCAAAGAAGAACACAGUUCUCAAGCUUAGUAAUGGUCCUGUUGUGGGGCCCCGCAAGCGUCCAUCAGAAGGGAACUACGAGAAGGAGAAGGAACACUGCAUCGCUCUGUUUGACCAGUGGUCGGAGGCUGACCAGGUGGAGUUUGUCGAACGCCUGAUCUCCCGUAUGUGCCACUACCAGCACGGCCACAUCAACUCCUACCUCAAACCCAUGCUGCAGAGGGACUUCAUCACUGCGCUGCCAGCACAAGGCUUGGAUCACAUAGCAGAGAACAUCUUGUCUUUCCUGGAUGCACGCUCGCUAUGCUCAGCAGAGCUGGUGUGUAAGGAGUGGCAGAGGGUCAUCUCUGAGGGGAUGCUGUGGAAGAAGCUCAUUGAACGCAUGGUCCGCACCGACCCGCUCUGGAAAGGCCUGUCUGAGAGACACCAGUGGGAGAAAUAUCUGUUCAAGAACCGCACGACAGAGGUCCCACCCAACUCCUACUAUCACUCCCUUUAUCCCAAGAUCAUCCAAGACAUAGAGACUAUUGAGGCUAAUUGGCGGUGCGGCAGACACAACUUGCAGAGGAUUCAGUGUCGCUCUGAAAACAGUAAAGGGGUUUACUGUCUGCAGUACGACGAUGACAAGAUCAUCAGUGGCCUUAGGGAUAAUUCCAUCAAGAUCUGGGAUAAGCAGUCUCUGGAGUGUCUGAAGAUACUGACCGGUCACACAGGAUCAGUGUUGUGUCUGCAGUAUGACGAGAGGGUCAUCGUAACUGGGUCAUCUGACUCAACCGUCAGGGUGUGGGAGGUGACAACAGGUGAGGUACUGAACACACUGAUCCAUCACAAUGAGGCAGUUCUUCACCUGCGCUUCGCAAAUGGCCUCAUGGUCACCUGCUCCAAGGACCGUUCGAUUGCAGUGUGGGACAUGGCCUCUCCCACUGACAUCAGCCUACGCCGUGUCCUCGUGGGACACCGGGCCGCCGUCAACGUGGUGGACUUUGACGAUAAAUACAUCGUGUCCGCUUCAGGGGACCGCACCAUCAAGGUAUGGAGCACCAGCACCUGUGAGUUUGUCCGCACUCUAAAUGGUCAUAAGCGUGGUAUUGCCUGUCUACAGUACAGAGAUCGUCUUGUGGUCAGCGGCUCCUCUGACAACACAAUCAGGUUAUGGGACAUCGAGUGUGGAGCAUGUUUGCGAGUGCUUGAAGGUCACGAGGAGCUGGUGCGCUGCAUUCGCUUCGACAACAAACGGAUUGUCAGCGGCGCCUACGACGGUAAGAUAAAGGUGUGGGACCUGCAGGCAGCCCUGGACCCACGAGCCCCCGCCAGCACAUUAUGUCUGCGCACUCUAGUGGAGCACUCUGGCCGCGUGUUCCGCCUUCAGUUCGAUGAGUUUCAGAUCAUCAGCAGUUCUCACGACGACACCAUUCUGAUCUGGGACUUCCUGAACGUCUCGACCAACGGCCAGUCAGAGGGACGGUCUCCCUCUCGCACCUACACUUAUAUUUCUAGAUAGCAGGUGGCGCCAUCAACAGAACCAUUUCUUGGAGGAGUCCAGGGCUGAUUGACCGAUGGGUGUCCAUCAUGGAAAGGAGCCCAUCUCUUCUCCUUCCUCUUCGUCAUCUCUCUGUCCACCUCUAACCCUGCCCCCGCCACCUCCUUGCUCGUUCUGACAGACUCAUGAGCUUGUGCCCAUUACCUGCCAGCACCGUGACACGCACUCACACACACAUACACAGUAAAGAAGAUCCCUCUCAACAGAACCAACACAACUCUCCCAAGAAGUUCUCCCUCUACUACUGAUUUAUAUUUUGUAAAGUACACUAAUGACAGUAUUAACUUAGACAUAUUGUAAGUCCACUAUCUCCCCUUUUUCUCCUCGUUACAAACUUAAGCAGCCUCUGCUCCUCAGUUUUUAACCCGCCAAUCAGGUUUCCACAGAUAUGGAAUGGCUUAUUGAUAUAUAUUUAUAGAUAUAAAACACACAUACAUACAUACACACGGUGGCACAGUUGGACAGAAGGUGACCAGAGCUGUGAUGCGGGAGACAGAGACUCUUAACUCAGCUCUAGGAAAGGAGGGAAGGACCGGAGAUGGAGGUAGUGAUGGAGGGAGAAACGUGUUGGGGACGACCUCCCUGCUCCCUCUCACUCCCUCUCACUCCCCCCCAGGUCUCUCUCUCUCUUCAAAUCCCCUUUACCCUGCUGCCCUCCCUUCCAAACCCCAGAGAUGCACACCCGCUUGGAAUAGGGGGGCACACACACUCAAGUUUGCAUGAGUGUGUGUUUGUGUAUGUGGACUUUUGAAACGGCAGAACAGAGCAGAAGCGUCAAAAAGACAGACAUGCAUGUGAGGUUGCCUUGGAUACAGCAUUCCGGUACACCUCUGCUUUUUUUUCUCUUUAACUCUUACUUUCUUACUGUUUUUUAUUACUGUUUUUUUCUCUUUUUAUUUGAGUAUUUUGGUUCUUAGUACAAAAAUCAUACUAAGCGUAGUCCUUUCUCUCUCUCUCUCUCUCUCUCUCUUACUGUCUUUUUCUUCUUUCUUUCUUCUAACUUGGACCCUUGUUCAUCAUCUGUCCCUUUCGCUCCAUCUUUCUCUCCCCUGUCAUCUACGUGCUUGCUUUGGUUAUGAGAGAAGCUGGAACUCAAGAGCUCAAAUUUAGCUGUAAACAGAGUUGUCUUGUCAAAAAUUGUGUUGUAUAUUAAAAAUGAUUUUUUAAAGAAGAAAAAUGAACUUAUUGUGAAUAAAGUACUUGACAGUGGUGGAGUGUUGAGCCAACUGUAAAUGAA